UCUAGCACAGACCCAUGACCGUCAUGCUCGCCCGUAUACUAUGCCUCUCCUUAUUUUGCUGUACCAUGAUUUCUUCUGCUCCUCGAACAUUUCAACAAAGUUCAGCGACCUUAUUGAAACCUGCUAUUGACGAUCUAUGGCUAGCAGGCGAUGUGUGGGCUGCAGGCGGAGUCCAAAAAGAAGACAGAAACUAUAAAUAUAACCAAGGUGACAGUUUUCUUUCAGUAAAAAGGAAAGAAGGGGAGUACUCCGCCGCGGAGCUACUGGCCUAUCUAAUGUUAACCGCUCAAAGAAAGAACCCGCAAAGAAACCACGUGAAAGAGUUAAGAUUUGGACUUAGUCGCUAGCGUCAGGACACAGCAUUGAAUCCAAGUCAAAGGAAUGAUAAAAUGUAUU